AUGUCAAUCUUUAAUCCUGUUCAAUUGAUCGAUGAAAUAAAAAAACGGCCGGGGUUGUAUAAAACUGAUCAGCCCGCCGAUCGAGAGGAAAAGUUAGCGUUAUGGAAGGAAAUAGGAUCUGUUAUUUAUCACGAUUGGGAACAUUUCAACAAGGCGACUGCUUAUGACAGAGUUCUACAGCUACAAAGAAAAUGGCGUUCGCUACGAGAUGCAUACAAUAGAGAAUUGCGCGCACGCAGGUCUGGAGUAAGAAUCAAUAGACGAGUGUAUCGCUACUUCAAGAGGAUGAGUUUUCUUGGAGGUUAUGAAGGUACACUAAGCGAGGAUGAUGAUCUCGAAGAGGACCUCAUAUUCGAGCCGUUGCCCAACCCAGAUGACGAUCCUGACAUUGAAACAGCAACUAUCAAAGUAAAAAAGAUUAAAAGAAAAAAAAGGAAGCGGCAAUCUAGCGACGACAAUCAACCUCCAGAAGAAAUUGAAAUGCCAAUGUUCCCUGUAGAAAUAGCUGAAAGUGAGACGGACAGUGAUCGGCUCUUUUUACUAUCUUUUCUUCCAGAAAUGAGACAGCUCCCAAUCAAUAUAAAGAUGUGGGUGAGAGCCCAAAUAGCAAACGUGAUGCAGGAGGCUGUAUCAUGUCAUUACAACAAUACGAGACCUGGCACUUCUUCGUCUGAUAAAACCUUCGAUAUUAAAAGACAAAGGCACGAUAGUACUGAAUAG